UAACCUGUUUAAUUUUUAAUAAGGAACAGUUCUCCACGAGCUGUUGAAAAUCAAGUCUUCUCUUCCUUUUCUUCCUCGCUUAUUGCCAUAGUCAAGACAAAUUUUGACAAUCGAACGUUUGAUCCGUUCUCUAUAUAUAGAUUUUCUAUUUGGGGUUAGGUUUCUUUCUCUACAAGAAUCUUGUAUCAAACCUACCUUUUCUUUCAUGGGCUGUGUUCGAAUUGUCCAAUUGUUGUUCAAGAAUCAUCGUUGAUGCUCCACGAGGUUGGUUUUUAUCAUUGGAGAAUUAUUGGCUUUUUGGUUCCUAUACUUAAUUUCUUGAUGUUCAGAAUUGAUUGAUUCUGUGGGAAAAUUGAGCUGUUGAAAUUUAAAAUUUUCUUGGAUUUUGGGGGUUUAAAUUUCUUUUCAAUCUUAGGGUCUGCUGGGGUCUGGAUUUGGUUGUCAAGAUUUUGGAUAAUUUAAGGGUUCUGAGGAAAAGAUUUACAUAGUUGAUCUCAAUUGGAAAGAAGAUAAUUCAAGAAUUUUGAUUGUUGUGAAGUGAAAUAUACAGAUUAUACUAAAGAGUUAAGUGAUGGAUGUAGCAAAUGGCGGUUCUAAUGCGCCCGCUCCUUUUCUGGUUAAGACAUAUGAGAUGGUAGACGAUCCUUUGACGAAUCCUGUUGUUUCUUGGAGUCAUACUGGGCAUAGUUUCGUUGUGUGGAACCCUCCGGAGUUUGCUCGAGAUUUGUUGCCUAAGUAUUUCAAGCACAAUAAUUUCUCCAGCUUCAUUAGGCAGCUCAAUACAUAUGGUUUUCGAAAGGUUGAUCCUGAUCAAUGGGAGUUUGCAAAUGAAGAAUUUAUUCGUGGACAGAGACAUCUUUUAAAGAAUAUACACAGGCGCAAGCCAAUACAUAGCCAUUCGGGUCAGGGGAAUGCAGUUCCAUUAACUGAUGUAGAAAGAGAGGAGCUUGAAAAGGAGAUUGACAAGCUAAAACACGAAAAGGUUUUGCUUGAGUCGGAGGUUGAGAGGCGUGCGCAGGAGAAUCGGGGGUAUGAAUAUGAAAUUAGAUCAUUAGGGCAAAAGUUGCAAAAUAUUGAUCACAGGCAGCGGCAGUUAAUGACAACCUUGGCUCAGUUGUUGCAAAAACCUAGAUAUGUCUCUAAUCUCAUGGAGCAUUUGGAGUCGAAUAACAAAAAGAGAAGGUUAUUGGCUUUGAAUUAUUUGCACGAUGAAGCCACCCGAGGAGAUAGCCAAAUCAUGACUUUCCAAGCAGAGAAUCCAAGUACUUCAUCUCUUCCAUCAUUGAACUCAGAAUUAGUUGACCAGUUGGAUUCCUCCCUAAAUUUUUGGGAGAAGUUUGUCCAUGAGAUCAAUCAAAUUCCAUCUGAAGAUUUUCAUGAUUUCAGUGUGCUCCCCCAGCCUUCACCAGUCACUAUUACAGAAAUGCCUGUAUCAUCUGGAGACUCGGAUUUAAUUUGCCAAACUUGCUCGCCUAAGUGUCAUAUAACCUCGUCUCCUUCGAGAGAUCUUCAUUCUUCCCCCGAGCUGGCUGCAUGUUCUACUUGUGUUGACAGCCUUGCAAUAUCAUCCAUUUGCAUUGCACCGUCGGGAAUUGAUGUGAAUAUGAGCCCAACUAAUGUUCAUGAUAUUGAUAUUUCAAAAGACCUAAAACCAGAUGUAACGGUUCCCUCUGUGUCAGCUGGGCCUAAUGAUGUCUUUUGGCAACAGUUUCUUGUGGAGGCACCCGGUUCUGGAACUCAGGAGGUACAUUCAGAAAGAAGAGAUUUAGACGAUACGCGAGAUCCUAGUGAGUCGUUAGAUGCACGCAGAACUUGGUGGAAUGUAGAGAAGCUUACCCCACAGAUGGGACAUUUUGCUUGAGUUGAGAGGACAUCUCAAUGGCUGGCCAGAGGUAGUUACCGCCAUUUGAAGGUUCUGAUAUAUAAGAAUGUCAUAAUGUUAUAUAUUAGAUGGACACCAUUUUGGUCUUGAAUUCACUUAUAUUUGCUAGUUUUCUUGUACUUUUUCUUUUGUAUCUAUAUGAUUGCAGAUUACAGGUUUUGUUGAGUUAUGUAGCCAGAAUAUUGACCGCACCUCUGGUUUUCUCUUUGUUUAUGUAAAUUCUACUUCUUAUAUGAUGCUGCUAAUUUUUCU